AUGGCGCCAUCCAAUCUGAGAUUAGCGCGAAAGGGUGUUAGCACAGCUCGGCAAUGGGUAAAUCCGGCCGUGUGCAAUGCGCCAAGCUUUGCGCAUGAACACGCCGUCUCACACGACGGAGCUAUUUGCACCCACCAGCCCUCCCUCAGCAAUAGGCAGUCGCUUCCCCGCCUUGCACAACGCCGUCUUCACGCGCUGCUUAUUCCUGCGCUUCUCCUUCAUAUUCUUCAUUUUCUAGGACGCGCUUAUCGCCAGCCGUAUCACACGUGCUCAUCCCCUGAUGCAGAGAAGCGCUCCUUACAAAAUUGCUCCAAGCCCACGCGUCUCUGGGUCCCUGCAUGUCCCUGCACCUCUCCGUACGGCUGCAGAGUCCUCGAUACCAGCAGACCUGCCCCUCUUGCCUUUCACACGCCAUCUCCCCGAUCGAGGCUGUCACGUCGCUCUUCACGACUAUCGCCAAGAUCGCGCGUCCCACACACAGUCACACGAGUCCAAGUCCAAGUCGACCCAAGAGGCACCACGAAGCGCCCGCGACACGCGCCCACGAACAAGCGCAAGCGAUUGACAGGGCGGGAAUUGCCUAGGCGUCCGUCGCGAGACAGGCUCAUGCUCUACCAAGACGCUGCCUCUCAUGGCUGGGCAGGUCAGGCACAUGCACACAAUCGCGCUCACGGCCUACGAACACGAGGACUCGCACCGUUGAGCAAGAUCAAGACACAGUACAAGAAUCAACCAAGCAACGGCCGUUUGCGAAGAAUGUCAAGUCGACGCACCCUCGCAUUCCCGCCGAGAUUCGGCGUCGCCUAUCUCCUCUUCCUGCCCAACGUGCAGCUCGACACGACUUCACAACGGCGCCCUCUCCUUGGACCUGUUCUCAAUCCACGUACAUCACAACACGUACAUCACAAUACGUACAUCACGACGCGCCGUCGCCUCAUCCUCCUCGUUCAUGGGUCUGCCCUGCAGGAUGCGACUUUGCCCACCGUAGCUCACAAUGGCGAUGAAGUCGUAAACACGAGCGACAUCCUUCCUGCGCGUCGCAACGCUGUCAUUCAGCCGAGAGAGGCUCGUCAAGCACACGUACAGGAGAUGCAAACACAGAGCUCGUGGCUGUACAAGACGAGCCUUCUCGCUCGCCUUGAUGCUGUCCCAGCCAGACCGGGUCGCGACCAUCUCGACACGCCCAUCUCCACGACAUACAAACCCUCUGCGCAACGAGCGUCUCGCACUCGUGCUUCCCCGUCGCCAGUUAGGUUGAUUCGCCGCAUGUCCAUCGUCGCGCCUUCCAAUCUGCUCUCUCCCCUCGUCAGGACGUGCUCUCGCCAUCGAGCCAUGACUUCAGUUGACGGCGCGGCGCCGCUCUGCAGUGCAUUUACACCGCGCACGCCUGCAUGGCUCUACCCAAGACCUCAGCCACGAUCGCGGAUACCAUCUUCGUACACCCGCGCAGACAUGUCGACACGUGCUGCAAGUCCUUGGGAUACGCCUCUCACGCGUUGA